GCUGCUCCUCUGUGGCUCAGUAGCGAGGGGUAGGCGCUCUGCACACGCUCAGAAGCACUCCUGCUUCGCCGAAGCUCAAAGGGAUCAGAAUCCGGAGCUGGAAAUAAGUGGGAAAUAGAAGGGAAAUAAACUGCACCAGCAUCCAGGGUUAGCUGAAAUUUGGGUCGGUGCGGGGGCGUGUUGGAUUGGGGAAUACCUGGAUCCCAACUUUCUCCUGGUCUUCCCCAGACUCGUCUCUGGCACACGCCCCCUUUUCAGGCCUGGAGCUCUGACGUCAUCGGGCCAUGGGAGUUUCCACAGCACGUGCAGGGGAAAUCCUACAUGAGAUCCUCUCUCUGCCCUUGAAGAGGAAGAUCCCAUGCAUCUUCCUUUAGCCUCGGGGAGAACCUCGUGUUGGGUUACUUUCGGGAAGAAAUAAUUCACAUCAAAGCAACAGAAGUGAUGAGGGAGACUUCUGAAGUUGUUAUUAUUAUUGCCUGUUAGGAUUUGCAUACAUACCCUUCACCCGAAGAUUCCAGGGCAGAUCGCAACAGAAAAAUACAAAAUGAGAAUAGAAACAAAAACAAACAAACCACCCCUUACCACAAACACAUUUUUGAAAACCAUAAAAUGUUAAUCAGACCAAUGCUUGGUUUUUUCCAGGCACGGAGCCACCGCAGAAAAGGCCUGUUUGGAUUCAAGGUGUGAAACCAGGGAUGGCAAGAGACAUUUUGGCACCUGAGGCUCACCACAAAACGGGGUCCUUCUCCCCACCAGGGAAGAAGGGCCUUCAGCUUGCCUGCCUUGACACCAUGAGUUCCAAGCCUGCGCCACCAUGGAGAGCCAGGAGUUGCCUUUACACCAGCCUGUGGGACUUCAAAGCCAUGACGGAGACAGAACUGAGCUUCCGGGCUGGAGAUCUCUUCCAAGUGAUCGAGAAGAAAGGAGAGUGGUGGUGGGCCAAGAAGCUGGAUCCGUCCCGGACGGGUUACGAAGAAGGCUACGUGCCUUACAACUACUUGGCCAAGAAGGAGACUAUGGAGGCAGAGCCGUGGUUUUUUGGGCAGAUCUCCCGUUCUGAAACAGUCCACCGGCUGAUGUCAGAAGAGAAUAUGGUCGGAGCCUUCCUAAUCCGUAUCAGUGAGAAAAAGGGAGCUGAGUAUGUUUUGUCAGUCCGAGAUGAGUCACUGGUGAGGCACUACAAGAUCUUGCGCAACGACCAGGGAGCUUACUACAUGAACGCCACACGCUCCUUCCCAGAUCUGCACUCCCUGGUCGAGUAUUACAAAGAGAAAGCACUCACCCACGGGCUGAGGCUCUUGACCCCGUGCUACAAGCAAGAGCCCACGGCGAUGCCGCACUGGGACGACUGGGAGAGGCCAAAGGAAGAGUUCCGCCUUGCCCAGAAACUGGGCGCAGGUUACUUUGGAGAAGUCUAUGAAGGAUACUGGAAGGACAGAGUCAGAGUUGCGAUCAAAGUGCUCCCCAGAGCUGAUCUGACGUACCAGGACAUGUUCAAAAACGAAAUUGAGGCGAUGAAGAAGCUGAGGCACAAGCACAUCCUCUCCCUCUACGCCAUCUCGACUCGUGGGGACCCCGUCUACAUCAUCACGGAGAUCAUGAGCAAAGGGAACCUCCUAGAAUUCCUCCGAGGUUCCGAAGGGGAGCACCUGCAUAUAGCAGAGCUGGUGGACAUGGCGUCCCAGGUAGCAGAUGGCAUGUGCUACCUGGAGACGCAGAAAUUCAUCCACCGAGAUCUCGCUGCCAGGAACAUCCUGGUCGGAGAGAACAACAUCUGCAAAGUGGGAGAUUUUGGGAUGGCCAGGCUGAUCAAGGACAACGUUUACGAAUCUUACUCCCACAACGUCCCCUACAAAUGGACGGCACCGGAAGCCCUUUCCCACGGCCGCUACUCCGUCAAAUCCGACGUUUGGUCCUUUGGAAUUCUCCUGUAUGAAAUCAUGACCCUUGGCCAGAACCCAUAUCCAGGUAUGACCAACAGUGAAGUUUUCAAGCACGUCCAGACGGGUUUCCGGAUGCACUGCCCUCUCAACUGUCCUGCCACAAUGUACAACAUCAUGUGCGCAUGCUGGGACCUGAACCCAAAAGAGAGACCAGACUUCAAGCAGCUCCGAGGGCAGCUCCAGAGUUUCACCAUGUACGAGAACCCGGAAUGAAAGGAGCAGCUUCCUCUUUCCUCCUCCUCCUCCCUUUAAACCUCGCAAAUUUCAUACGGAGAAAGCGACCUCUAUCGAACCGAAACAUGCACACACCUUGGGAGGGUAGAGGAGCAGGCUUUGGGCUUCUGUGAUAAAAACAGACUCCGACUGCGGACAUGUGAUCUCCGUGCCAUAUUUGUUCAAUUGGCAUUGCAGGAUAAGAGACUAAGAAGAGAUCAGGCCAAACUCCUCUCAGGGCUGGCAUCUUGUUCUCCCAGUGGCCAACCCAAGGAAAGCCUGCAAACAGGACAUGAGUGCAGGAGCCGUCCAAGCUGGUGCCCAUUACUACAUCUCAUGGGAAGAGAGGAAGGGUGGGAUCUGGGGACAGGCCCAUUUAACUGUCGCUCAUGAAGAGCGGGGUGGCGCUGUGGUCUAAACCACUGAGCCUCUUGGGCUUGCCGAUCAGAAGGUCGGCGGUUUCAAAUCCCCACAACAGGAUGAGCUC